AUGGAUCCCCAAUUGGACAUCUCCAAGCUCACCGACGCCGACAAGCAGGAGCUGCAGCAACAUCUCGCCAACGAGACGCAGAAGGCGAGCAUCCAGCAGAAUGUCCACGCAUUGAACGAUACCUGCUUCAAGAAGUGCAUUGUCGGCAAGAGCAUUACCUCGGGCACCCUGGACCGGAGCGAGGAGGCAUGCGCGGCGAACUGCGUCGAGCGGUGGAUGGAUAUGCAGAUGGGGGUUCUGCAGAAGCUGGGCAGCAUGCGUGGUGGCCACUAA